AUGUCGCGGGCUAUGGAUGAAUCGCAGAUACUGGCCUCCGAGCCGUUGACCGUAUCAGAGACUUUGGACGACUGGGUCAUGGUCGACUCUUACGUAUCCUCUCACGCCCUCCCCACCUCCUCCAGCUCCAAAAUGGCCGUCGUAAAGGCCGGCCACGGCUACUCCUUCUCCGUCUCAGCCGGCGACCGCUUCCGCAUCGUCGACCUCCACGGCGCCCAAGUCGUCGACUUCAUGGCCUUCGUGCGCAGCGGCUCCUCCCUGACCAAAGAAAAACUCUCCAUGGCCUACACCCGCUACCACCUCUCCGGCGUCCCCGCCGCCGUGGGCGAGCACCUCUACACGACCCUCGACGUCCCCAUCUUCCGCAUCACGGCCGACUCGGUCAAGGUCCACGACAUGACCUUCAUGAGCUGCAACCCGUCGUUCUACCGCAAGCUCGGCUAUCCGGCCAGCCAUCGGUCCUGCAGCCAGAACAUCGCCGAGGCGAUGGCGGCGUGGGGGCUCGACGAGAUGGACAUCCGGGCCACGGAUCCGCUGAACUUGUUCCAGAAUACGCCGAAUUACACGAUCAAGGCGUUGGGGAGCAGUAAGCCGGGGGAUUAUGUCGAGAUGCAGGCGCUAAGGGAUGCGGUGGUGGCGGUGAGUUGUUGUCCAUAUGAGGGGAAUGGGUUUAAUGGGGGGAAGGUUACGGAUGUGGGGGUUGUGACGGGGGUCAAAAGCUGA